UGCAUCGCGGUGGCGUCAAUUUGACAGUGACUGUCGUACGGAACAGACGCUGUGUGUGUUCUUCUCUUGGGAUCUCCCAAGGAUCGGAAUUUGAGAUAUUUAAGGUUAGUGUAAGCUUGCAUCACGUAAGAGUAAGAUAGUCUUCUUCUUCUACUACUGGUGCUGCAAUACGACAACCAAGACGGCCGCGUGUUACGUAAAGAAAACGAAGCGAAACUGGUUCUAGGUUGUUCUACGGUACAGGAUUUUGAUUGAUAUUCGACAGCGGGAAGCGCAAUUCCGCUGCAAAGACCUACUGCGACCGGGGCUGCCCAAGCCCCAAAGUGAGGUGUUUUACAGUGUGGUAAAGCAGGCGGGAAAUAAAAUUGAUUAAGUGAUUUUCUCUCUCCGUGCGGUUUUGUGUUGUGUGUCGGUCGUCUCUGACGCCUACUUCGAUAACUGUGCCAUCCUCGCUCGUCCUUUCGAGUGGGUGGGUUGGUUGUGCGGAUUGCCUAACUAGCAGGUGAAAUAAAAUAAACUUAAUUUACAACUCGACCGGCAUGAUUGAGAAGACGAAGAAUUUAGUGGCGCUCUGCGGGCUGGUACUGCUGCUGACCGUUUCGGAACUUGCCAUCACCGAAGCCAGAGCGGUAAACAUCAGUAACACCUGGACGUUACCACAGGAUGGCUUCGGCGUCUUCUAUCGCUACUUCCGGGAUAAAAUCUCCUGGUUCGAGGCGGACGCCGUCUGUCAGUUUCAUCACGCUAAUCUCGUCACAGUGGACAACGGAGUUCAAUUCGACGCGGCCCGAGCCUUCCUGAAGGAGUUGGACGUGACCAACCCGGUAUGGAUUGGGCUGAUGCGGCCGGAAAAUUCUGCACGCUUCACGUGGACCAAUGCCAAAUCGUUGGAUCCAUCCAGCGGAUACUGGGCGGAGUCACUGCCGGCCCUCGAAACACCCCUCUGUGCGGUUGUGGAUCCGGUUCGAGACUUCCGCUGGCAUGCUCUGCGCUGUGGAGGACCCGAAACGGCUGCGUUUUUGUGCGAACUUCCAGUUCCCACUUGGGCAAUUGAUUGUACCGUAACUUCGAUGCCCUCGCUAACGGUGCAGUACAUGUCGGACAGCGGUGCGGUUCAACUGUCCCGUGAUUGUGGUGAGCAGGGAACCCGACAUAUGUCUUGCCAGGGCAAACUCGACAAGGAUUCUAUCCUGCAGCAACUGCAGUGUGCGGAGAGAGAGGAUGAUGCCGAAGCACUUGCCACGGAAACCGCCGAAAACAAUCAACUUCCAGCGGUCGAAUUGACUCCCGUUGCACAGCAGAAGACGCCCCUUGUUACGAGACAACCAUUGCUUCCGGAGAUUUUGGAGCACGACAUUCUGACGGUAGUCUCGAACAACGACGAAGACAACAGCAUCGAUGUUAAUCCGAAUCAAAUCGAAGACACGGUCAAGAAUGUGAUCAAUAAGUUCAACCUAGCAGAUCUAAUGCAGGCUGAACAGUCGCUGCACAGUGACGAAGUGGACGGACAUUUCGAUGGAGAACAUCUGAAGGACGGAAAGAAAGUUGGCGGAAAGAAAUAUUCACCUUUGUUUGAGAAGAAGGAGAAGUUCGGCAAGAAGGACGAUCGAAAGCAAGACGAAGAUGACGAGUUGAUGAUGGGUGACCAGCCGGAUGAAACCGAAACGCAGCCAAUCGAUAUCGUUCAACAGGCGGUGAAACCGACCGAAGGGGACUCAGAUGAGAGUGGCUCUUCCGUAGUGGCGGGAGGAUCCACCGAAGGUGGAUCAACAUUGGAGGAAAGCACAACGGCUGACUCUAGGUUGCGAAGAGCUACCGACGAAGAAUCCUCAUCCGAAAGCACGCCGGUUUCAACUACGGAAAUAACGCCGACUACGGUCACGACAUCAGCACCCACCACGACGACAGCGGAGCCGACAACCUCAAGCACUGCAAGCCACAUUCUGCCGACUACACCGAAGAAGGAAAUAUCCUCCGUUGGGGAUCACUUCAUUCCUCCGAUGUUGUUGGUAAAAGCACGCUUCACCUCUACGAAGACCCACGUGGAACCCAUUGCUACUACUGAGCUCGUGUCGGAAACAACACAAACUUCCGAGUCUACGGUUUCUACUAUGCAGACAUCAUCUCCGGCUUUAACAUCGGAAGACGUUACCACAGAUGUACCCUCAACAGUUUCUGAGCUGACAACCACAAAAUCCUCCCCUCUUGAAACUGAAACUACAGUCGCUCACCAGAUAGUUGAAAUCACCUUUGACGAUAAGGAGCUGUCCUCGAAGAUUGGAACUCUGAGCAUAACAACACGUCCAUUUACUACAGUUGAGGCCAAACCUUCGACUGUUUCGCCUCAAAGCACGACGGUGAACAAUGUCACUUCCACUUCGGGUCAGUCUUCAACGCAGCCAGACUCGACAGUACCGGUCAGUCCUUCAUCCACCCUUUCGACGACAACAUCUACGACUACAGUGGCUCCCACAUCUACAGCUUCAUCAUCAACAACAACAACAACAACCGUCGCAGUACCAACGGAACAUGAACUCCAACGGGACGAGCCGGAAGAGGAGGUCACCAAUCACGAAUCGGACGACGAACUUGACGAUCAGCAGCACCCGGAGUUGCACAACAGCUUCUCCAACAUUGAAAACUACCAACCCUACAAACCGAACCGUCACCGGUCACUCACCAAACCGGAAGUGCACAGUAAUUGUGGCAACUACAUCAAAAAAAUCCUCGGCUGAAGACGCUAGCCGUUGUCCUCGGUGGCUUUUUUCCCUUGGUUGUUGUUUCGUCCUCACCCGACGGAGGCAGAAAUCAUAUAGACAACGUUCUCAACUCUUCCCAGAACUCAUCUCAGAAACUUAAAUAGUGAUAACUCCGUAGAAACAUCCGAUCUUAGUAGCGUGUAGCGACUAGUCUUUGAGCUCCCGUUUUUCAUUCCGAUUUGCUUUAGAAUAUUAGCCAGUACAUAUUAGCUCUUGGCGGUAACCUUCCAGAUAGAAUCUAGACCCCUCGAUUUCUCUCCCACAAUAAAAAAAAGUUUUUUUAGGUGUUUAGAACAAAAAAAAAAAUUCUGUGAUCUUUUUUGCCAAAUCUUUGCGCGUUUAAACAACACAAGCACACGAUCAUCGAACAGAAUAAAAAAAACAUUAGCUUUCCGCAUAUCUAUUCAACAUUUCAACAACAACAACAAAAAUAGCUGUAGUAGUUUGUUCUGAUUGAAUGCAGAAGAUAAAAAAACGUUUGCACCAUAAUUCCGAACAAAAAAAAAUGUGAGGUAAACUUUUAAUUUAGAUAACGAUUUAGAAAUUGGCUAAAACACAAAGCAACUUUUAGCAAAUAUUCGUAAAAAUACAUUAGCUGAAAGCAAGCGAUUUCUAGACAGGAAUAAAAACACACACAAACUUGUUGCCAAUUUCGAAGCGAAAACAGAAAAAAAAAGCUGGUCGCAGUGAUGCGCAACCCUUAUAAAACCAAAAGCUUUCAAAACACCUUCUUGCGACACACGCGCGCACGUAGUUCGAGAAAGAAAAGCAAACCGCGCACAAAACCAAAGGAAUGAUCUCCACAGUUGGUUUUCCAACCUGUUUUCGCAUGUGCUAUUGUAAGAGGAUAUCCCCCCCAAAACGGUGAAGAGCUGCUGGAUGGUAUGGAAUUAAACAGUUUUAAGAAAAUGAUUUUAAUAAAAAUGACAGAUUUACACCCGGUUGA